AUGGCUGACUCUCAGGGAAACACGCCUUCUGCUACCAAUGCCGGCGAGGGACCCAGUUCCCUUCGGGCAGGUGCUUGGACCGACACCGAGAGAAAUCAUCUCAUGAUGCGCAUACUCGCUAGCCUGCUCCCUGAUGGGAAGGGCGUUGAGUGGAAAAAUAUCAAUAUGCCUGGUCGCACUGUCAAGGCCAUGCAGAACCAAUGGACCACCAUCCUGGCUCAAAUGCGCGAGCUGAACAUGGGCGGCGACGAGAGUUCGCCUUCUAAGCCCCGGGCUUGUGAGUCCAUUUUGUCAACGCAGAAGAAGAACAUGCCCAAGAAGGCAGUGGCCGCUGCUGAGAGCAAGAAUGCUGACGACAUCAGCGACGAUACCCCUAAGAAGCCCAACACUCCCAAGAAGCGUGGCGCUUCCACCAUUGCCGAGGGAUCUGUUAAGAAGCGCCGCACUCCUGCCAAGAAGACCCCCGUUAAGGUCGAAGCUGAUAAGACUGACGAUGAGGUCAAGCCUAAGGAAAAAACUGAUGAGCAGGAUAACUAG